GUCAAUACUUCUACAUGGGGCGCGGCGGGCCACUUUUUUUCCUUGUGGGAGUUGUGUGUAUGUGUGAUGUUUCGGCCCAACGCCGGGGUGAGUCAGGGCGACUUCCUGCAAUGCUGUCACGCCCACUGUUGUUGGGUCGCUGCAGGUUGCGUCUUGGAAGAGAACGUCGAUUAUGGCAAGGAUUCCGAUGCGGACUUAAAGAGGGCUCCUAGUGGAUUUCCUGAAUAUCUCGGUUGCGCUAAUUGGUGCGCAGCCACAGAGAAGUGCAAAUACUGGGUUCACGUAAGCACAGGAGAUGACGGUUCGUGCUGGCUUAAGACGGCCAGGGAUCCUGUUUCACAAGCCGCACUGAAGGACGGCGGGAUGAAGUUCAUGGCUGGCAACGAAGCAUGCGGGGACCCAGCUAAUGUGCCUGUUGAAGGUAUCAACCCACAGGAGUAGAGAGUAGCAUGACAUUGGCAUGUCUUUCGCGACUGGCUACAGAUGAGCCUGAGGGAGACUUCUCCAAGUCAACCUCAAUCGAUGCCGCGUUUGGAUGCUUUUCUCUUAACACGACAUCCAAUGCCCCAAUCGUCGCCCGAUGGCACUACGCGGCGGUCGACAAGGGGUACGAGGUACGUGUGGACAGAUGUGAGGAUAAAGCUACUGCGAUUACACGCACAACAGACGCCUCAGUGGUGCCAAGUACGGUGCAUGGGUAAUGCUGACUGCAAGUAUUUUGUGUACAAACUCAAGAAGGGACACUACUACGAAGGAAGUAGGUAGACACAUCUUGCUUACAGACUACCCACUCGUUUUCCUUCUUCCUGCAGACCCAAUCGACGUGAACCAGGUCGACUGCCUCCUCCUUCGAGACCAGGGCGCCACACACACGCCCGAGCAGAACACAGACCUCGAGUUCGUCUUUGGACCGAAACACUGUCCGGGACAGGGUAUUCACAGACGCUGACGAAACGCGCGGACACUCGCUGCACUGGGUUGUCAUUGAAUAGAGCCCCCUUGGAAUAAUCCUGUACAAGAGUGGCCUCUGCGGAUCAAUGUGGGUGGGCCCCCUCACAAGGACGUAUACGACAAGCACUGGCAGCAGGACAAAUACUUCACAUCGGCGGCGGGUUUUGCCGGGGUCUACAAAAGAUCCGUAAGCCCUAGCACAAGGCGGCACACAACAGGCGGGACUGCCUGUUCAGCCUUCUGUGUGGUUUAGGGCCCGUCUCUUCCUAUGGAGCCCCUCGCCCACACGGGUCGUGAGGAUUUCAUAUAUUCGAUACCAGUGGAGUCCCCCGUCGCCGUUGCCGUCAACCUCUACUUUGCUGAGGUAUACAGGCAUGUGUUUUGCGAAUCAAAGCAUUGUUAUGGCCAAUGGCAUGUGCGUCAGGUCAUUCAUAGAUGGAAACGGGGACAGCGCGUCCAAAAUGUCUUCGUCGAGAACAACCUAGUGCUCGGUAACUUCGACACUUUCGGCACAGCCGGGGCUCUCAUUUCCCCAGCGGGACCGAAGGUCUGUUGGACCACCUUGACCAAAGAAUACCUGGCUGCAGCUUUCAGUUGUCUUCUUGCCUGCCGUCCUCUCAGGAGGUGAGGUUCGACGCAAUGGACACAGGAACGCACGAGAUGAUGGGCAACUCCACGGUGAGUGUCUACAAUGGUCCCAACGAGCCCUUCGGCACCAUCAUCAAGGUCGAGACGCCCAUGGUGGUAAUCGAGGACAACACCAUUGACAUUAGAGCUGAACCUGUCAUGGGCAAGGCGUGGCUUACCGCUAUCGAGGUCUACGCGACAGAGGUCGAGCUGGACAUCGCCGUCAUGGCAGAUGGUCCCACUCAAACGGAACCCUUCACGGCUAUUGCAUUCGUGCCGGAAACGCCUACACAGGUCCAUAGGAAGAUGACACAGACAACACUCGACUGCCGGUGUCUGAACUGCGUGGCCAAUUGCGGCCUCUGCUUUAUCAGACUCUCACGAUUGAGAACAGGGACAGUCGCGACUCGAAGCUCAAGAUGUCGUUUGAGGGUGGCAACGAUGACCAAUUCUCUGUGGACCCCACAGAUCUCACACUCAAGGCAGGAGAGACUUCCACUGUCGAGGUCACGUGGACGGGAGCCGAUGCUGCAGAUGGCCCUGUCGUCACCUCGCUCAAGCUAUCCAAACAUGUAACAGAGAGGGAAUCUGCGGCCAGUGUGCCAUUUUGAUGAUGUGCGGGUUGCAGCUUCGCGUGUUGAUCUCAGCUGACAUAACCGGCAAGAAGGCCACGCUGGAAGUGCAGAGCGACAUGCAGAUGGGCCUCAUCGCUCCUCUGAGCUACGGGGGCAGCGGAAAGGGCAUCCAGGCCCCCCUUUUGUCGAAGAAGCACGCCACCGUCACCCGGGUGGUGUCCUUCGGCUCGGAGGGAGCUUUUCAGGUAUCCAUUGCGGGCGUGUUUACCGUGUCGGGACCUGGGGACAUCACCCUCGAGCAGCCGCUGAAGAUCGCGUCCAAGGCAGCCGUCCCCAUGCGUAUCGGCUUCGCUGCCGAGAAUGCUGGGGACUUCGAGCUCAUCGUGGCCUUCAUGGGGCCUGACUUCCAGACACGGUUCAUGACGGUGACAGGUCGCGGUGUCAACAAAGGCGAACCUCACUAUCUGCACCCGGUGCUGGAUCUGCCGUCUGGUGGCUAUGUGGUGGACUACGAUGGCGAUGGUAAGGAAAGCCUCGUGCUCAUGGGACACUUCAGCCACACACACGAACCCAAGAUGGUGAGCAUUAGCAAACGGACGCAUAGGUGAGUGCAUAGUCGUUGGCCUUUCCACCCGUGUCUUUGACCAGAGUGUGGAGAAGUGGACGUACAGCGUCAACGGUCAGGUUGUGUCCAGCGGUGUCGAUAAGGACAUCACUGACGAAUACGAAACCGGGGUCUAUACUGUCCAACUCACCAUUGAAGACGGAGAGGCAAAAGCACUCGCGGACACAGGGAGGUAUGUGUCUACACGCACCGGAAGCAACAGCCCAUCCGUGCUUGCUCUUCCUCCCAGUGUGGCCGUCGUUCCCAUCGACAAGGUCCCCGGUUGUGCGGCUUUCAUCUACAAGCCCCCAGCGUCCCAGCUGAAAGAGUUCUUCGCGGCUCCGAUGGACGGGAUCAACCUCAGGAGUGGCGAAAUAAUCCUCAAGCCAGCGUGGAUCGGCAGCAGCCUCGACAAAGGGUGCGACCUCAAGCCCGACAGUCGAAAUAAUAACCUGAUGGGGUCACCCUUUAAGCAAAACCUCAUCCUCAAAGCUAAGGUGAGCCACAAAGGCUCAUACGUGGCUGCUGCAGAGUGCAUUCUUGCAGGGCCUCCUUGAAGUGAAUGACGAUAUGCAGAAUGAAAAAGGGGAGGUUUCGCUCACCGUCAACGCAGAGCCGGCCGUCCAGACGAUGUUGUGGAUAAACGGUAAACCCGUGUCCCUCAGCAAGGGCAAUGCCAAAGCCAAGCUCGCCAGCGGCAUUCAGCUCUUUGAAAUCAGCUGGCUCAUCACAGACCCCGCUUCGAAGCCUCUGGGGGUAUGUAAGAUGCGUCCAGAGAAGAUUCGGAUUUGUACUUGGCUUGUGUCCAGCUGCACAUGAACGGCGAAGCGACGGGCAUGGGUGAGGUCUUUCACAGCGAGCAGGAUUACCCGCCUUUCAUCAACCGCGUCUCCCCCACCAAGGGGCACGUCUCCGGCGGCCAAAAGAUCACAAUCGAGGGUGUCGGUUUCAUGAAUCCCCUCACAGCAAAGGAAGGCGCGUUGCUACAUUUUGACCAGACGCCUGUCGACUACCUGAAAGACGCACGAGUCUCCAAGGCCUCCGGCACACGGAUCAUCUACGAGAUUCCGCCAGGGGUACGCGCAGGGUGGGCAUUCGGAGACACACAUCCGCGCAUCCUGGGUCCUAUGUUGGUUCGCAGGAGGAGGGAAAACUUGCUCUUUCUGUGCAGACUCCUCUUGGCAAGUCCAACAGCAAGCUAUUCGAAUAUUCUAGCCGUGUGCCUCCCGCUAUCAAGUGGAUGGAGCCAACUACCCUGCUUUCAUUCGAAAACAGAGCAGCCCUCAGGGAGAAUGAACGAGUAUUUAAUUUCAUAGGUAUGCGACAGGUCAAGAGGCACCAAUAAGAAUGGUCGUGUAAUUUACUAGGCUCGCUGACCCAGGGCGAGUGGGGGCCCGAUGGUCGCCUGUACAUGAGCGACGUCGGUGGUGGCAUCCGGUCGAUCAAGUGGCUCAACAACAAGCAGAUUCAACGGAACAGCAUAAUCGAAAUCACGACCAUCAUGGUCAUGCACACAGUUACACAAUCAGAGAUCGCGUGUAUCUGCGUCUUAUGAACAGGAGAAGUACCCUGGGCACGCAAUCACCGGCUUCGGAUGUGCGUAGACGGUUGUGAAAAGCGAAAUGCAAACGAAUACAACUCUGUUUUUCUCUCAUUGUAUAUGUACAAAGUCGACCCGUUUGGUGACCCAGACGACCCAGAAAUGUACGUGGCACAUGCUCCAAUGUUCCACUGGGUACGUCACAAUGCGCGGCCAACACCAAAAUAUCGAUCGAGUCCUUUCAGCAAAAUGGUGAUUGCUUCACACCGGAAAAAGACCACGCGGAGUUUAUUGGAGUGCUGAGCAAGCUGAAAGGUCAGGAACAAAGGGGCCUGUGUGCACAUACGUAUGCGCGCGCAACUGCCGGUUUGGUGUUUGCAGGACCGCCUGACUUCAGAUAUCAUGAAGUGGUGGUUGAUGGUCUGCCCAUGUCCAAUCACGACCAUGGCCUCAACGGCAUCUCCUUCGACAACAGCGGAAACAUGUACUUCCCGAUCGGUGCCAUGACCAACAUGGUAUGGAAUAACAUUGGACUGUCAUCUCCUUUUGUAUCCGCCUGCGCUCCUCCAGGGCUGGCCCGUGUGCAUCCUUGGGGGUUUGCCAGAGAGCCACUAUUCAGGGGCAGUGAUCAAGGUGGAGCUGAAGAACCCCAGGCGCUCAAAGAGGCUGGAGUGGGUUGACUACUUCACACGAAAACCAAUCAAAAAACCCAACCAGGUCAUCGAUUUCCCCGAGGUUCGUUGCACUCCAUCGCGCAUGUGCAUCUAACAGGUGGUGGCUGACACAUAUGAUGUGGCCCCAUGGGUCACUGGUGUGUACCCCUAUUCAUUCGGCUUGCGCAACGCGUAUGACACCGUUUACACGACAAAAGGGCAGCUAUGGGUGUCGCAGAACGGCUGGAACGAGGGGUACGGCAUUACAAUAAACGGGCCCCCAGAAUCGGGCUGUACGUUCGACGGCUGGGAUAAAUCUAGCUACGCUAGUCCGGACAGAGGCGAGUGCGGUCGUGUCCAUACGUAUGCGGGGCAGCCAUACGGCGCCCAUGGCAGCAAAGGGAAAUCAUCCGGCUGCGUCUCGUACUGUGUGUCAUCAGGCAUGAACCCGUUUUGGAAGGGGGAAGAGAAGUGCUUGCCGGUGCUGGAAGAAGACUCGACUGACCCCGAUCGCCUCUUCCGGACCUUUUUCAAUGCAUACCACGGCCUACCAAACCCAGCACGCGCGCGUAACAUGGGCGACGACCGGCAGUGGUACGUCAAGGAUGCCUACGCACCACACGACCCGCCAAGGUUCCACCAGGGGUAUUCCUGGGAGUCAUCGACCAACGGAAUUGCCGAAUUCAGAGGUAGAAAACAGAUCGGCACUGCGCGAGUCCCUGCAUGCUUCUUUUGCGCUUAGGCAACUGCUUUGCCGGCGCAAUGCGUGGUGACUUGCUUGGCGCCAAGUGGAACGGAUGGAUCUGGAGAGUUGACAUCCCCUACCUGGAAGAGGAGGAGGGAGGGGACGUUUCUAUCUCGCGGCUCGAAGGAGCGGAUGUGGCUGGGCUGGAGGUAUGUACUGCCGCAAAGAAGGACGCAGGUAAAGCAAUUUGAUGCGUGCAUCGCAGGUGGUGUACGGCCCAGGUUGCAGCAUCUUGACGCUGGACUACACCCACAACCACCUAAAACACAUCAUGGCCGACGACGAGGACGCCAAAUCAAACGCCGGACCGACGGCAUUUGGUGAAUGAAGAGACCACAUAAGUGGUGGCCUCUGCAGUCAUGGAUGUUCUUGUGCGUGUGCUUCGGUCAAUAGAUAUCACCCCAUGGAGGGGCAACUACCGCUUCGCACACAAAGUCGUCAUCGGUAAGUGAGAACUCAUGCAACAGCACGAGAGCACGCAACAGCACCCGAGCACAUAGUGCAACGUCGUGUUCCUGAGUGUGCAGGUGGCUACAACAUGAAUGGCCAGGGCAAGACGAAGCCCUCACACUCCCGGAAGGCAACCAAGUUUGUCAUCGAUGGGGUCGAGUGUAGCGUCAUCUCUCAGAGCGUAAGCCCACCAGCGGCUUGUUACGUCGUGACUUGAUGCUUCCUCAUGCAGGAUACACGUAUCGAGGGCGUGGUUCCCGCUGUGGAGAGCCCCCGCCAUAUUGAGGAGCUGCUGGACGUCAUCAUUUACUUCGGUGAUGGCACCAAGUCGGUACUACCGGACUCGUGGCUCUGGGCUGACCCACGCCAUGUAGCCGGGUGGGCAUGCAAGCAGAUAACACCACGAGAAGCAGGAAAGGAGUCUUAUGCCUUGUGUCUGCCCGUUUGCAGUCCCCAACCUGCCGGUCCGCCAAGCAGGAGACACGUGGAGAACGAGACACGUGACGAUGCUGGAGUGAUAGGAAGGCGUCGUCAUCUUUGAUGCGACGAUGCAUCCUGGAUUCUUGCGUUCACCGUCGUGCCUGCAUCUUGGUAAAUUCACAUGUUUAUGUAGGCCUUAUCUGUAUGCCUAUCGAUGUCUGAUGGCGCUCAAUAGUGCGUAGGGAGAGGGGAGCGAAAUCCUGCGCACCCUGAGACACAAUACGACUGUCUUGGCGGCUGGCUCCCUGCCUGCUCUGAACGCACAAAGCCUGUAAGCCCAUGUUUGUCCACCCAAAU